AUGCGGCGGCUUGAGCCCCGCCUCGUCACCGGAGAGAGAUUGAGACGCGGAUUUCGAGUCGGCCGCGUGGAUCGGCACCGACGGCGACCACGCCGAGGGCCUCGUGGGCACCCCCACUACCUCGCGCCCGCGGUUGUGUCCGGCGGCAACUACGGCGAGAAGACGAACGUCUACCCCUUCCUGUGGAACGUCCGACCCGACCUCGUCAAGGGCGACGCGGCGGUGCUGCUGCCGGAGUUCCAAGCUGCCAUCAAGGGAUGCGGCCUUUUGAUGACGUGGUGCCCGCACGAGGUCGUGAUCGAGAACGAGGCUGUGGGCGUGUUCCUCACGCACUCCGGAUGGAACUUGACGCUGGAGAGCCUCUGCACCGGCGUGCCGAUGCUGAGCUGGCCCUUCUCCGCGGAGCAGCAGACCAACUGCUGGUACAAGCGCACGGAGUGGGCCGUGGGGAUGGAGAUCGGCGGCGAGGUGCGGCGGGCGGAGGUGGCGGCCAUGAUACGGGAGACCAUGCAGGGCGAGAAGGGGGAGGAGAUGCGCCACUACGCUGCGGAAUGGAAGCAGAAGGCAGCGCGGGCGACCCUGUGA